UGUUUAUCUAGUGAGGUUACCCAGGGAUUGUUUACACUGCGUUCAAAACUAUUGAUCCACAUUAUACAGCUGGUCUACUGAGUCGACUUUGGUGGAGACACAACAAAAAGCCAUGCUUUUUAGAAUUCUGUUUGGGAUAGCAUUGGCAGCGUCCACUACUUUUAUUCUAAAAAUGGUUUUGUACAUGGGCUAUCACAAAACCCUCUGGAAUCAUAGGCCCGGAAAAUGUCACAUUGUGGAAGGAAUCGACUAUGGUUCUGAGGACAUGCAGACCACCAAGUCUGGUUUGACUUUCAUCACGUCUGGGGUUAAUGGAGGGUUUUUUAGCCAAAGCUAUAAAGAAUACUACGAGAAGCACAAAGUAAGAGGGCGGAUCAUGUUAUUUAACAUGGAGAAACCAGAGGAGGGGGUCAAAGAAUUGACGAUUAUUGGAAACAAGUUCAGUUAUGACGACUUCUAUCCUCAUGGAAUCAGUGUGUUGGAGGACAAAGGAAAAGUAUUACUAUUUGUUGUGGUUCAUCGGAAGGAACAAGAUACUGUGGAGAAAUUUGAGUUUCUGGAGAAGACCUUAGAACUGAAGUACCUUAAAACUCAUACAGGAACUUUAGCUCACGUUCUUAAUGAUGUAGUGGCAACAGGACCAGAAACCUUUUACGCGACAGACUAUUUUUAUUAUCGAGAUUCUAGACACGUCCUAGAGGCACUUUUCGGACUUCACUUUGGACAUAUUCUGUACUACAAUGGCAGCGAUUUUACCAUUGCUUCAGAACCAACAUAUUUGGCAAACGGGUUUGGCCUCUCCAAGAAUGGGAAAUUUCUGUACGUUGUCUCCAGUGGUGGUCAAAAAGUGAUGGUAUUUAAAAGAGAGUCGAAUAACAGACUUACGAAAGUCAAUGAAAUUCCAGUUGAUACUGUCCCAGACAACUUAGUGGUGGAUCCUAAAACGGGAGACUUGUUGCUUGGAUGCCACCCAAUAGUAUUUAAAACCGCUCACCAUCUCGAUAACCCAGUGGAACCCGCAGCCUCACAGGUACUGAUGUUACACAUGGAUAGCAAUGGUACCAAUUUGACAGGUAUUACGGAGCUAUUCUCAGACGACCUUGAACUUUAUGGUUCCACCGUGGCUACAUUGUACAAGAAUCGCAUGUUAAUAGGCACAAUCUUGCACAAAAUGAUGUACUGUGAAGUGAAUAUAUUAUAAGGGACGUUUUAUGGUCAAAAUUUCCUCUUCAUCUUCAUGAAAUGCAUGUAUGUUCGUACUCUUAUUCGUCAAUGAAAGAUGAAUUACAGUGAAGGAAAAUGUGAAAAUGUAUAAGAAUACAGACAUGAAAGUGAAAAUGAAAACAGUAUAAAAGUAACUCAUAUAUAACUCAUAUAUAAAAAGAAGU